GCUUGUAGCGGCGGUAUGAAAAAUGACCAUCGUCAGAUUCGGUGAACUAUCGGAGCCUUUUUUAUUAAACUGUCUUUUUUAUUAACGAAGCUACAGGGAAACAAUGCAAGCCGCAGCGGCACUAGCCUGCUAGCUGGAACUGGAGCUAACAGGUGGUAGUUUAGCUUGUUAACUGGCCGUUUGAGUGGCUCCGUGUCCCGGGCUGAAGCAGAUGGGCUCCUCGGUGUAUUUGGGUAAAAGGCGGAAGACUGCGCAUCAACACACCGAACCAGGGAUGCUACAGAGCUACAGCCGCUAGCCAGCUACACGUUUGUUGCAAGAUGCGGGUAAACGGCUGCCGUUUCAAUAGGAAUUGAAGAUAAAGGAACAACUUUUCGACUGUCAACGUCCCACUUUAUUGACCCACAGCAGGUGGCCUUGAACUGAGACAGCUUGAACACGAAGCCGCACACAGCGCUCUCCGAUCGUCAGGAUGGCAAGCAGGCGGAAAUCCACCACCCCCUGCAUGGUGCCCCCUCGAGAAGCCGUUGACUCUGACCAGGACAUGGAGGACGUCCCGGAAGCAGCUGACACAGAGGACAGUAACGGCAUGACCCCCAUCUCCUCCGACCCCCCCACUCUGCAGGACGAGUGGACUGAGGACGCAGCGUCUGACCACUACCAGGACCUGAACAUGGCGGAAGGGGGCUACGAAUGCAAAUACUGCAGCUUCCAGACGUCGGAGCUCAACCUGUUCACCAUGCACGUGGACACGGAGCAUCCCGAUGUCGUCAUCAACACCUCGUAUGUCUGCAUGGAGUGUGACUACCACACCAAGAGUUAUGACACACUGCUGGCCCACAACGCCCGCCUCCAUCCGGGCGAGGAAAACUUCACGAGGACGAUGGUGAAGCGAAACAACGAGACGGUGAUCCAGCAGACGGUCAAUGACCUCACCUUCGACGGCAGCUUCGUCAAGGUGGAGGACGGUGAGGCGGAGGAGACGUCACGCAGCAGUAUCGCCCUCAGCAAGACGCCCAUCAUGAGGAUCAAGAGCAGGCCGGAGCCCAAGAAGUUCAGCGCCGCGCACAAAAUGACUUACGAGGACGUCAUCAAGGUGGAGAGCGAUGACGAGGAUGACGAGAACAAGGAGCCGCCCACGCUGUCCCCCGCCCCCAUGACCAUUGCCCCACGCCUCGUCCCUGUCUCCGCGCCGGUGCAGGUCCACGCAGUCCCGCAGAACAUUGUGGUCAACAGCUCCAAUGUGCUGCAGAUCAAAGGAGGCUCUGGGGGCGGGGGCCUGCUCCCUCCCGGGACGCUGGCUCAGGUUCUGUCCGCCCUGCAGAACCAGCAGAACUGCAGCCAGACCCAGACCCAGCUGCUCAUCCCCAUCAGCAGCAUCCCCACCUACAACACCGCCAUGGACAACAACGUCCUGCUUGUCAGCGCCUACAACAGGUUUCCGUAUCCCUCGGUGUCAGAGAUCAUGGGCCUGUCUUCACAGACCAAGUUCAGCGAGGAGCAGAUCAAGGUGUGGUUCUCCGCUCAGAGGCUAAAGCACGGAGUCAGCUGGACGCCGGAGGAGGUGGAGGAGGCGAGGAGGAAGAAGUUUAACGGCACAGUGCAGAGCGUCCCUCAGACCAUCACCGUCAUCCCGGCCAACCUGGCUGCAGCCACCAACGGCCUGCAGUCCAUCUUCCAGACCUGCCAGAUCGUGGGCCAGCCGGGUCUCGUCCUCACUCAGGUGUCCGGUAACGGCAGCACCAUGCCGGUCGCAUCUCCCAUCACCCUGACAGUCGCGGGCGUCCCCGGCAACCAGCCCAAAGCGGCCGAACCCUCGACAUCAGAAUCAAAGACGGAGAUGGCGGCCGGCGGGGCACACAGUUCGGAAGCAGGGACGGCCAAACCCAAGAAGUCCAAGGAGCAGCUGGCGGAGCUGAAGGCCAGCUAUGGCAGGAGGCAGUUCGCCACGGAGGCGGAGAUAUCCCGGCUCAUGCAGGUUACCAAACUGUCCAAACGAGCAAUAAAGAAGUGGUUCAGCGACACACGCUACAACCAGAGGAACUCUAAGGAUCACCAAGGCGUGCUGCUGGGUGAAACCCCGCCCACCAGAGCGCCAGCACCAGGGGUACGAACAGGAAGGAACAACAGCGGCAGCCAAAACGAUAGCAACGCCAGCGACCACAACACCACCAUCGUCAUCGACUCCAGCGACGACGCCAGCGAUUGCUCACCGACUUCCGCCAACACCCUGUCAGGAUCCACCAGAGACCCGCGGGUCAAAUUCCGCCACGCCUUCCCCGACUUCACGCCACAGAAGUUUAAGGAAAAGACUCAGGAGCAGCUGCAGAUCCUGGAGGCCAGCUUCCAGAAAUCAGACACGCCCUCAGACGAGGAGCUGAGCCGGCUGCGCGCCGAGACGAAGCUGACGCGUCGCGAGGUGGACGCUUGGUUCACAGAGAGACGGAAAAUGCCUUCGAAGGAGGACGAGGAGGACAGCGAGAAAGCCGCCGUUCCUUCGUCCUCGGCUCUUGAGCGGCAGACCACGCCCCCCUCCGCAAGGAAGACCGUGAAGAAGACGCCAGAGCAGCUCCACAUCCUGAAGAAGGCCUUCGUCCGCACACAGUGGCCCACGCCCGAGGAGUACGACCAGAUGGCUGAGGACAGCGGCCUGCCCAGAACGUACAUCGUCAACUGGUUCGGCGACACGCGCUACGCCUGCAAGAACAGCAAUCUGAAGUGGUACUACCUCUAUCAGAGCGGGAAGGUGGACGAGGCGCUGAACGGUGAAGCCAAGAGCCAAAAGAAAUCCAGGAAGCGUUUCCGAGGUUGGUCCAGGAGGACGCGGCGGCCGUACCCCUGCAAGCGCUCGCCACAGGGGGGCGCCACCACUAUCAAGGUGAAGUCCGGGAAGUCGUUCCUGAAGGACUACUACCUCAAACACCGAGCCCUGAGCGAGAAGGAUCUGGACGACCUGGUGACCAAGUCCAGCAUGAGCUACGAGCAGGUGAGGGACUGGUUCUCUGACACCAUCAAGAGGGCGGAGGAGGGCAAGGAGCCGUUCAGCGACGAGGAGGCCGAAAGGGAGGAGGAAGACGAGGAGGACGAGGAGGAAGAAGAAGAGGAGGACGACGACGAGGAGGAUGAGGAGGCGGCAGCAGCAGAGCAUGCAGACGGGGAAGAAGAGAUGGAAGUGAAGGAGCAAGGAGAGGAGGGCACUGACGACGACUGCAACGAGGAGGAGGAGGAGGAGGAAGAAGAAGAAGAAGAGGAGGAGGUGAAAGAGGAGGAAGCAGAGGAGGUGGAAGAAGAGGAGGAAGCAGUUGCAGAGGAAUCUGAAGGGGUCAGCCAAUCACAGCCUCAGGCAGAGGAGCAGACAUGAGCAGAGAGAACUAGUGUUGCUUCCUCGCACUGUGGAGAGGACAUGGAGAGGGAGAACGUGUCAGUGUUUCUCAGCUGGUGGCUCGGGACCUAACCAUGGCCGCAGGAGGCUCAGACGGUCACAGCUCGCAGGAGGACGUGCUAACUGAACUCAGAGUUUGUGCCUUGGAUUAGAGCUCUGGGUCCUGAAGCAGCUGAGAAGCACUGAGAGGACAGUGCUGAUUUACACACAGGAAGAGUUUGUGCUGAGGGACUGUGGGGACCAGCGGAGCGGCAGAACCACCCGAGUAAGUCCUCCCUGCUCCUGUACAAAUAUCAAGGCUUUUAUUUUGGCGAGAAUGACAGGGCUUUUAUUUUUGUCCUUAUUCUUACAAAAGAAGAAAUCAAUGUUUUUAAAGUAAGAGGUGAGACCUUGCAUGGUUUUUCAUUAUUAUAAGAUCAUUUUUCUCCGAAUGAUGGACUGUUUUCUCAAGGCCCCAAAAACGUUUUGCUGUUCUGAUGAAAAAAGGUUUUUGAAACCAUACUGUUUUUUAUGUGAAUAGACAAAUUAGUGCCAUUCUGUUUAUCAUUUGUUGUUCGAAUCAAAAGAAAUCAGUGCGAGUCUGAUUUGAACUUUUUUGUAUUUUUUUUAAGUCUGAAUGACAUAUACAUAUAAUGGAAACUUAAGUCCAUGAUAUUAUUAUUAUAAUGCUAUUCUGAGUUCUUUUGAAUAUGGGGAUGAUUUCCAUGUUAGCAGGUGUUCGGGUCCAUUCAGUUUCAAUGACAUCAUAUCAUACAUAUCAGCUCAUGAAUUUACCUCCAAACACACCUUAAAGAAUCCACCUUAAAACCUAUUGUUUAACAAUUAUUUCAUACAUUUUUGAUCAGAUUUAUGAUUCUCUACAUAGUGGAUUUAAGUUCUCCCAAAAUGCAACUUUAACAUAGGCUCGUAAACCUUCAUAAAUACACAAAAAUAGGUGUAUAAUUUAGAUGUAUAACCGUAUUUCAAAAUGAAGGAGUCUCAAUGAUUUAAAGUAAUAAUCUUAUAUUUGUUUAAAUAAAAACAUCCUUUAAUCUGAAUAACCAUCAUGGUGGAUCAGAUAUUAAUCGUAGACAAAUAAAUAGAAACGUAAAAAAUGUGAAUAUUUUCUGCAUUUUUAAAAAUAUAAUAAAUGAACUAAUUAUGUUAAUUAGUAUAUGUAUUUUGACUCUUAUGACUUGUUAUCUAAAGAUUUCCCUCAGGCUCUGACCAAUUAUUUAUUUUUAAAACUUUUUUUAUGGACCUUAAUUAAUCAGGAACAUUGGGGAAGGUCAAUCAUCAUUCCAAAUAAACAAAUGUUGUCCGACAGUCAAAAUUCUAACAAUGAUGAAUAAAUAAGUGAACUACAAACCUUACACUCAGUGGAAAUGAUUUUGUAUCAAUAACCUCUGAAAUUAAACAAAAUCUUGAUUCAAGGUAAUAACUUCAUUAAACUCAUACAGAAAAGAAUAUGACCCUUACAUUUUACAUCUCAGACUUUCACUUGUAAUAAUCAUAUUCAGAUGUACCUUUUUGCGAACUGCUUUCUUUAUACACAUAUCCUAUCUACCACCUUUUCCAAGUUCCAGGGUUUUCUGAGACAUUGUGGGAAAUGUAGGAACAAAAGUAGAAAUACAAAAGCCAGUUAGAGAUAGACCAAGAUAAUGAAACAGAGAACAAACAACAAAAGGCAAUGAACGAAAUAAACAACAUGUUUUCAGGUGGAUUUUUCUCAGAGCUAUACAUUAAAGCUCGGAGAACACGGUUUUAAAAGGAAAGGUGGUGGAGAUUGUUACAGAUUAAACUUAGGUCACCUUUUCCUCAUUUUUAACACUUGCCAAAUACAUUUCUAAUUUCUUUUUCCAACAAGCUGAUUCAGCGAUCGACUCGAAGCGGAGAUGAACCCGAACACUGUUUGUGUCUUGUCCAAAAAAGAAAAACAAAAAAAGGCAUGUCUGCUCUUCUUCAGGAAACUUCAACUUUACCUCAGUCAGUGAAGCUACUAACUCGGCAAGAUUGUGACAUUUACACUUCUCUUUUCUAUAGAAUACUGUAUGCAUGAAUAUACGAGUACACGAUAAUAAUUAUGUCUCCUUUUAGAUGACGUUUCUGUCUUUUUUUUGUCUGCGCCACCAAAGUUUAAAUCACUUUAAAAAGAAAAAAGAAGAAGACAUAGCUAUUGUUUAUUGCUCCGAUACGGGUGAACUAGCAAAACAAUAUCCUUCAGGUUUUUCCACGAGAAAUAAUAUUUUAGGGAAGAGAAACCACAAGCACUUGGCUCGGUUCCCCCAGGAACUUUUUAACUUUUCAUACGUGGGGUAAACAAAUAAAAACUAUUCUAAUAUCUGUCUUUUCUCUGCUCUGUCUUCAUGUGUAGGACUGUUAGGAUAUGCAAACAUGAGAACAAUCAGCGGAGGUUUCGGGGUUUUAUUGAUCCUUUUUGAACUCUGUGCGUUACGCCUUUCUGCCAUCGCUUUAAUAGCCAACUUUUUAGUAGUUAAUUUAUUUAUUAUAUCUGGACUUUCAUGGAUAUCUUCUUUUUGUCUGCAAGCGAAAAAUAAAAAGUGAAAAACAAGUUUGAUUCAGUUGCUGGUUUUUGGUUUUAUUGAGACCUUCUUUAAUCUCUAAAGUGUAUUUACUCAAUUGCUGGUUAUAAGUGCGAUUUGGAGUUAUUACCAUGCACAUUUUAUCAUACUCAAGCUGCUUUUUAUUUAGAUUUGCUGCUUUUUUAUCAUAAUAAACUAAAUAUCUUUACCUGUUGGUAAAUGUUAUCUAACAAUUUUAGGGUAUUUAUGUCUAUUUUUCACACUUUUCUGACAAAGAAAUAAUAUCUUACAUAGCAUAUUAUGUUUUGUCGUUUUGUCCGACCUAAAGGCUUUCAAAUUUAAAAAGAAUAUUCAAACAAGCCACAUUUUACAACCAAUUGUCAUCACAUUUGUUGUCGCUUAUUCAUUUUGUGUCAAAUGUAAAGAUCAUUUCAGUUUUAAACUAUAAAACAUCUCAGAAGAGAACUUUACUCUCACAACUGAGGCUUUGCUGGUUUAUUAUUUGAAAUAUGUGUGGGGUGGCUGAGGAAGACAUUCCUUAGUGUUUUUAUGUUUUCAUUAUUCCAAAUAUUUUCUUGAUAAAGAAAUUCAACAGGAAA